AUGUUACACUUUCUUUUCCUUUUACAAAGCAGGAAAUUAAAGCCAUCAUCAUUGUUAAAGAAAGCUGAUAAAGAAAAUGUGAUGACUGACAGUACAAGAAUGGGAAAGGGUGCAGAUUCUUAUUCAUCAACUCACAGAAUGGAUGAAAUAUUUGAAGAAAAUGUGGAAGAAUUUGUUACCAAGGUUCUUGAUCAGUGUGUCCAGGAUCUGAAUGAUGAGAAAACAGACAUUUCAAGUAAGAAAAAGCUGGGUGUUGAAGAAUUGAAGCCAACUCUAACUGACAUCUGUAUGUUGACUGAUACCCAGUGUGAUGACAUCAGUUCACAACCUGAAAUUGAAGUUCAAAUUGAGAGUGAACAGUUAGAAUGUAUGUCUGACGAGGCGGCUAGGACAGAUGGCAGACAAGAGUUAGUGUCACAGUUUGGAGAUUUGUCGGUAAAUGAGGACAGUUUACUGGGUAACUCUAAUUACAGUGAUUCCAGCUUCACUGAAUCAACAAAAUCAGAAGAGGAACUUCUGGCUAGUUAUGUGCAGACUCCAAAUUUAAAUAAUUGUUCAGAGACGGAUAGUAAAGUAAAUGGGAAAGAAAUGAAUAGUUUUGAACCUCUGGAAGCCAGGAGUCUAGGAUUAAAAUUUCAGACACCUCAGCCAACAUUUCUCGAGAAAUUGGCACUCAGACAACGGGUCAAUGAUGCUACGUCAAGUUUAGCCACAUGGGUUUUUCCGAAAGAAGUGACGGAGCACCACGUCCAGAUAUUCUCUGGAAAUAAUAAGGUUAAACAUAUGCAUGAUGUGGCUUGUUCACCAAUGCCGCAAAGUAGAAAAAAAUUAUCUUCAAAUGAUAACUUUAAUGAUAAUCAAAAUAAAGAAACUGGGGAUAUUAAUGGUUACGAUUACGAUAAGCAAAAGGGCAACAGUAGCAUAAAUGAUCACAUGCAUGAAACAAAGAAAGAUACUUUGAAUUGCAAUUUUGACAGUGAAAAUGUUACUAGUUGUGAAGAAACUCAAACAAAUAAGGACACAAAUGUAGACAUUGAGUUAGGUACAGCUGAGUGUAUUAAUAAAUCUUUGCAGUCUAAUUAUUCAACACCACACGGAAAAGUGAUGUGUAGAGACUUUGCUUCAGACACAAACAUUGAUAUAUUUCCCCCUGUAGCUAUGAACUCAGUGGCUUGUUCUCCAAUCAGUGUGCCAGUCUGUGACUUCUCUGUUCAAAAUGAGGUUGAAACACAGUCUGUUUUAUGUUCACCAAUCAGAUUUGAGAAUUGUGAUGUAUCGAUUCAGCAUGAAACUGAAAUGCGUUCUAUGAUAUGUUCUCCUAUCCGUUUCCAAGGAAACGAUGUGUCUAUACAGAAUGAAGUAGAAAUGUGUUCAGUCAUGUGUUCACCAAUGCAGCUACAAGUUCACGAUGUUUCAGUUCAAAAUGAGAUCGACACUCAUUCCAUAAUGUGUUCACCCAUGGUUCCCUGCCCGUCUGAAGACAAAUAUACCUUUACACUGGAGGCAGAGGUGAAUGAGAUGGGAACCAAUACGGAGAGGAAAGUAUGGAGCGAGCUUGGUUUACAGAUUCAACCGGAUAUGGUAACCGCUGGUACAGAGAUGGCAGAAAAUCCGAUGACAAGCACGUCAACCAGUAUGACACCGCUGAAAAUGAAUAAGAAGAAAGGCAUGAAGCUGACGGCAGAGGAUGUACGCAAACAACACCCGAGGGUUCUUGCCAAUGAGCUUGAGACCUUACGUCUGGAAAACUUCAGGCUAGAAAACCAGGUCAAGGCUUAUGAAAAAGAUAGAAAAAAACUGGUUGUCCAAAAGGAUUUACAAGUGAAGUUUGAAGAAAAUAAAGCAGCUCUUCGGGAGAUGGAAACCAAAUACAGUCAUGAUGUUGAUGAAUGGCAGAACAAACAGCAAGCCCUCGAGUCAGAAAUCUCUGUCCUAAAUCUGGAACUAGAAAAUAAUAUAUCUGUCCUAAAACUGGAACAUGAAAAUGAAAUGUCUGUCCUAAAACUGGAACAC